AUGGAUUCAUUAAGCAGGAUAGGUAGUUUGCUGGAACGUCCAGUUUAUGCAGAUGAAUGCACUACAAAUAUUGAUAGGGUCUCCUAUGCAAGGAUGCUUAUUGAAAUGGAUGUUACAAAGCCUUUACCAGAAUCCAUUAAAGCAAGAGAUCCUAUGGGGAAGAUCUUUGAUCAAGAGAUAAAGUAUGAUUGGAAACCUGUCUAUUGUCCAUCUUGCUUACAAAGUGGAUAUAGAUGCCAAGAUGAUGGGCAAACAAAAGCCACUCCACCUGAUCAAGGGAUGUCGGGGAAGCAGAAGACUAUGUGGCUAAAGAAAAAGGAUGAUAUCCAGGAUCAGCCUCAAAACAACCAACUUGCUCGAGGGAGAGAUCAGCAGGUAGGAAUGCUUGUACAAUGA